AGCCGCGGGCUCAAGAGGCGGAAGAGGCAGUCGCCCCUUUGGCGACCCCCUCCGAGCCUCCGCGGGCGAGAACGCGUCCCGCGAGCAACUCCCUGGCCAGCAUGGCGGCCACCGGCGGCGUCGGCAUGCCUGGCGUCCUCAAGCUUGUGGUGCAGGCCUUCCUCGAGGAGGAACACUACAAGACGCUGUACAGAGUUCUCGCGGAGCAGUGGCACAGCUGCCACUCCCUCACGGCCGCCAUGAGACUCAUGGAGGCGCACGGCGUCAAGAUCACCAAGGAGGAGGAGAUGCGCCUGCUCGAGUUCGAUGACGAGAGCCGCAUGAUCGACGCGCUGGUGACGAAGAUGCCGCAGCAGAGCCGGGAGCAGUUCGAGCAUUUCUUCCUGCAGCUCUCCUUCAUCGCCUCCACCACCAAGCGCAUGCGGGAGGCCCUGCAGG